ACUUUGGUGGAAAAAUGACUUGAAAAGUACCACUGGCGUAGAUGAUCACAUUCUACAAUUGAUAUUGCUGAAUUAUGUACGCGGUACUACUGUUAAAGUAUGCUCUACGUGUAAGAAGGCUAUAGAUAAAGGAAAAAUUCCGCUACUAUCAAAGUAG